AUACCUUCAUAAGGCAAAAAAGCAACCACCAGAGGCAUCUAUAAAAACAUCUCAUUCUUUAAAGCUUUCCAAAGAAAAAUUAUAACUUCAAAACACCCCCCUCCCUCUUUCAUCGUGAUCUCCGCUCUCUUCUCUCUUUCAUAUCGAACCAAAAAAACCCGAUCCCAAUGGCUUCUUCAACUGGAUUUUCACUCAAUUUCUCCCCUCUUUCAACUUCUUUGAAGCACAACCAGGUACCUCUUCAUGGGAUCUCUAAUGUCAAGUUACUUAGUCUCCCAUCUCUUAGAAUCCGACCGGGACCUAUGCGCCUCCGGGUUUCUUGUGCGGCCAAACCUGAGACGGUGGACAAAGUUUGUAGCAUAGUGAGGAAGCAACUAGCACUACCCGAAGAUUCUUCUGUUACCGGAGAAUCUAAGUUUGCUGCACUCGGAGCCGAUUCUCUUGACACGGUCGAAAUUGUGAUGGGACUCGAGGAGGAGUUCGGAAUCAGUGUGGAAGAAGAAAGUGCCCAAAGCAUUGUCACCGUUCAAGAUGCAGCGGAUCUGAUCGAGAAGCUCGUGGAGAAGAAAGAUGCUUAAAACACCAUUGAAAACGGCUGGCUGUCCGGCAACGAGUCCUUAAAAAAUAUAUCCCCUGUUUUUUUCUUUUUGGCCUCUCCUAUGUUGUUUUAAUGGUAGUUUUGUUUUUGUUGCUUAUGGAACAUGUAAACCAACAUGAAGUUUGGCUGUUUCUUCA